AGGUGGCCCAAGCUUCCCGGGCCCAAGCAUUGCCCGCCCUCUCAUUCGCGGGCGAGAAAUUUAUCAUCAUCGACCCGCGCAUCUGCUGCAGACAGGCAAGAGCUCCUCCCCCGUCCCCGUCCAGACCCAUCCCGACGAAGCAAACCGGACUUCUGCCCUGCUGCAAUUGAUCCCGAUCCCGACGACAACAACCACCACAACCACCACCAACAGUCCAGCUCAUCCAACCAACGUCAUAACAAAUCAAUCACCUUCACAUCAACAGCCAAAAUGUUGCGCACAGCAGUCCGAUCCGCAGCCUCCGCCGCCGCGCGCCGCUCCGCCGCCCCCGUCAGCCGCAGCUUCUCUUCCUCGGUCGCCGUCUCGAGACCCGUCCUCGUUGCCUCCAAGGCUGCUGUCGUCCCCGUCUCCCGCGUCGCGAGCUGGACCGCCGUGCGCUGCUAUGCUGCUGGCUCCGGCCUGUCCAAGAGCGAUGUCGAGGGCCGCAUCACCAGCCUGCUGGCUGGGUUUGACAAGGUCAACGACCCUAGCAACAUCAAGCCCACCGCACACUUCGCCAACGACCUUGGCCUGGACAGCUUGGACACCGUUGAGGUUGUGAUGGCCAUCGAGGAGGAGUUCAGCAUUGAGAUCCCCGACAAGGACGCAGAUGCCAUCCACUCCGUCGACAAGGCCGUCGAGUACAUCCUGAGCCAGCCCGACGCCCACUAAAUUAAUGUCGAGCCCCUGGCAUGGCCUGGCCUGGUUUGUCCUUUGCAGAGGAGACCACCCCCCACCCCCUCGAUGACUAAGACAAAAUGUACUGUACUAUACAAAUGGCGGCAGACGGGCGGGCAGAGAGACACCUACAACACACGUGCGUGCGAGGCGCGUUCAUCGCCACUCCGGGACGGGAUGCUUCUUCUAGACGGUGGGGGGAGAGUGUGGGUGAGAGAGAGAGCGCGCAAAGGUUGUUGAGCCACGGCUGCGGUCGUGGACGCACACCUGGAGCUGGGCGGGUGGAAGGGAAGAGUGGAUGGAUGAAUGUCCCGUGUCAGAAGAUAAAAGGCCAAAUGUGGAAAUGAUAUAAAGACCCUACGACGCGACGCGUUUUUGGAUCGAGAGGUGUUGCCUUGGCCCCCUGGGCCUGAUACGAUGCUGUCUGUCUCCUUGGGUGGUCUGUGUCUGCUGCUGCCGUGUGAUCGACCGACUUGGCUGGUGUCCUCGUCGUCCAGUAUGAAAGAAUGAAUGCCGGGAGCUCAGGACUUGCUUCAGUGCCAGAUGCCCUCGGGCUGGGUUCGCCGUGGCUCAGCUUUUGGCCCUGCCUCGACCGCUGGCUGGCUGGCUGGAUGUCUGGUCCAAUGCGUGAGUGGGUGAGUGAGUGACCCAUGCUGAGUCGAGGGUUUGUUGUUGACGGAAUGCACGAUAUGAUCAAACCCCGGGGCAAAUGUUGCAACACAUGACAGGCACAGAUUUCUAACAACAGGAUCACUACAUACAGCUGGGCUGCGGUGCUAUUGAUCGCAGGGGGCCACCACGGGGGUUCCGAGGUCUCAAGUCACACCUGAGACCGGAUGGCAUCCGCUCUUCCCAUCUCCUUGCUGGGCUUCAGAGCGGGUUCUACUUGAUGUGGCCGAUUACCCAGGCCACAUGCCUAGGCCGAGUCUUCUUACACUGUUCCAUAGUAUGUAUUGGUUUUCUUCUGUAUGCUGGGUCUUCGAGCAUAGACCCCUGUGUAGAACUUGUCCCAACCUAAGGAACGAAAUCACUUGACACUGCACAUAUUAGAAUACAUAGAUAAUUUCAUGAACGCCUAGGUUAAGUUCGAAGUAAUUAUCUCACCAGAUUAUGCAGC